AGGGAGUCAGUGUUAGUAGAGUGCAGACAGAAGACAGGAGCUAAAGCAGGCUGUCGGACAGAAACACCACGAACAUGAGUCAGAAACACACUGCAGUAUAGAGAGACACACACCGAGGAGCAAACAGCAGCAGGACGGUGACCGAAGGACCCUGUAUUUGAAUCUGUGAGACAGACACACAGAGAGAGCGAGAGAGACAGCCGUCUCUUGGACUUUUCCCCAUCCGUGUGAGGUUAUGGCAGGCAUGGCGUCGGAGCCGGGCACCCAGUCCAGAGUGAUGUUUCAGACCAAAGAGGAGGAACCUGCCCAACGCAAACUGGGCAAACUGACGGUCAAAUACAACCGCAAAGACCUCCAGAGGAGGCUGGACGUCGAGGAGUGGAUCGAUGGGCAGCUGCACCUGCUGUACGACUGCGAGGAGGAGGAGAUUCCUGACCUGGAGAUCGACAUCGAUGAACUUCUAGAGCUGACCGAUGAAGAGCAGAGAUCUCGACUGCAUGAGCUUUUACAAGAAUGUGGAAAGCCAAAGGAGGACUUUAUCAACGGUCUGCUCUACCGGAUGAAGGGACUGCGGAAGAUGUCAGGAUCUCUGAAGAAAUAGUAUUAGGUCAAAGGCAGGAUUUUUCAAGAUAAUGUGAACCACCCAGUUCCGCCCCUGGCCCCGCCCACUUCAAGCCCCGCCCACAACUCCUCCUGUAUGUAGAGCGUUGAGUGUCUGUCUGUGGAUGUUUUUUUUAUUAAUUGAAUGCAUGGGUGGGUGAGGGA